CCCAUUUUCAACAUCUCAAUUUUUGACAUUUCCCUCACUUCACUCCCUUGAUUUGCAUUUUGCCCCAAUAAUUUCUUCCCCCACAAAUCUCUCUCCCCCCAUUCGGAUCCGGAGGUUAGGGAAGGCGUUCAAAAAAAAUGUGUCCGCUGAGAUUUAUUCUGAUAUUUCUCUCAGCGACUCUUGCCGGCUUCUUCGUUCUCCGGAACCUCAAAUCUCAACCUCAAGAUUUCGAGGCCGCCGACGACAAUUCCGACGCCCACUCCAACGAUUCCUCUGCUGCUCAUUCUUCCAAUUCCACCUCCAAGGUGUCUUCGGGGUUCUGGACGGUGGUCGACAUGGCCAGCGGCCGCUACUUGUGGAGGCAUUUGUUUCCGUCGUCAUCGUCUCCGAAGCGUUCCGAUUGACGAUACGUCGUGUGUCCUUCCUGGGUUUUGUUUUGUCUUGUUUUGUUUGGGUUGAAUGUAUUGUUCAGGUUUGCUAUGCUAUUGCUGGAUGAAUGCACCUUGUCUUCUUGUGUUGUAUAUCUCGGUGGAUGAAUGAAUUAUGUAAUCCUUCUUUCCCUUCUCCCCUCGAGUAGUUUUUGUAAAACCCCUCUUCUUGUUGACAUCCAAGUCUGUAACAGAAAUUCUAAGAAGUUCAGAAAUGCAUAAUCGCAGACUCUUCUGGUUUCAAA